AUGGAAGAGCCUCUGCUGUCCCGAAACAAUCAAGAGAACAAUGGCGACAUAACUUCAUCAUGCAAGCCUAAUGUGGAUGUUGAAGAAGAACCCAAGAGGGUCAACCGCAAAGCUACUCCGAUUCCCAUGAUAGCUGCAACAGUGUUAAUGUACACUUUGCGAGCUUCACCAAUCUUGAUGUUGGGGCGUCUCGGCGAACCCCAACGCUCGGGCACCUCAACCGCCGUUUCUUUUUCCAAUGUUACUGGCUUCGGUGUCCUUACCGGGAUGUCAAGUGCAUUGGAGACUUUAUGCGCACAAGCUUUCAGAGCAAAAGAGUAUCAAAGAGUUGGAGCUUAUGCUUAUGGGGCGAUCCCAUGUCUUGUCAUUGUUUGUAUACCAAUAGUACUUCUGUGGAUCUUCACAGACAAGCUACUAAUCUUCAUUGGACAAGAUCCUGCAACUGCAACACAGGCUGGAGAAUAUUUGAUCUGGCUUAUACCAGCCCUGUUACCUUAUGCUGUUCUUCAAUGCCUUGUUCGUUUCCUCGAAGCUCAGAGUUUGAUCCUUCCAAUUCUUCUGAGUACUAUUGCAGCUCUAGCCAUCCAAGUGCCUCUUUGUUGGGUUUUUAUAUCCAAGUUGAAUAUGGGAAAUGCUGCUGGAGGUUUGUCUAUCAGUUUAUCUUAUUGGAUCAAUGUGAUCUUCCUUGCUCUGUAUGCGAAAUACUCUUCAACCUGUAAAGAAACCCGUGUUUCAAAUGGUGCCUUGAAUACCAUCGGGGAAAUCUUUCGUCGUGCUUUCCCUUCAGCAGCGUUGAUCUGCAUGGAAUGGUGGGCAUUUGAAAUAGGGACAUUGCAGUCUUGCCUGUGGCCAAAUCCUAAUCCACAAACUUGUUCGCUAUCUUUUUGUGGCUGCGGUGCAAUCGCUUUUCUUCUGUUCUAUUUCAGCAGGUCUAACUCUAACCAACCGGCGGCAAAACCAGGUUUGGUUUUUCUCCCCUUAAAAUUGAAGUGCAGGCAAUUGAAGCAAGAAGUGAAGAGAACUUUGAAGCGGAGGAAGGAAGGAACAAGCGCAUCAUUAAGAGUUGAGAAGCAACUUCAUAUUGCGUUUUGA